UAUACAUCAUAAUUCAUAUCAUAUGAACAUCAAACCGGCCCAUUUUACAGCUUCAAAACAAUUGCCGGAUAAACCUUAAACAACAGAAGAACAAGAUCAGUUAUACCAAGUGCUUUAUUUUGUGCUUAUGUGAAUUUUGGAUGAUUUAGAUUAGGGCUGGGAUAAUUGAAUGGGUAAGAAAAGAGAAAAGAAUUGGGCAAGGUGUAAUGAUGCAAUUGUGAUAGUUCCUGAUAAAAAGAUAAAGAAGUUGCAGGAUGAACAGAAGGCGAAGGCUAGUGAUGCUCUUGUUUCGGCACAGGUUCUGCCUGCUGAGUGUUUGAAUGCAUCGACUUCUGCUGCUCCGAGUAAGGAUGUUGUGAAGGUGGCGGUUGGAAAGGAGGACAGGGGUGUGGAUGAUGGUUAUGCUGGUUUUAUAUAUUCGGCACAGGUUCCGCCUGCUGGGUGUUUAAAAGCAUCGACUUCUGCUGCUCCGAGUAAGGAUGGUGUGAAGGUGGUGGUUGGAAAGGAGGACAGGGGUGUGGAUGAUGGUUAUGCUGGUUUUAUAUUUAUGUGUAAUGACAAGACAAAACCAGAGUGUUAUCGAUACGGUGUUUUUGGUCUUCCUGCGGGGAAUAAAGAAGUCGUGGAGAAGAUCAAGCCAGGGGCAAAACUUUUCUUGUUUGAUUUUCAGCUGAAGCUUCUGUACGGUAUCUACGAGGCUUCCACAGCUGGGAAACUUAAUUGGGAACCGGCAGCAUUUGGUGGAAACUUUCCUGCGCAGGUGAGGUUCAGAAUUCAUAAAGAUUGUCUCCCCCUUCCCGAGAGUUCUUUUAAGAAUGCUAUAGAACAUAACUACCGGGGGUCCAAGUUCCUACCAGAACUCAGCAGCCAGCAAGUGAGGAAUUUAUCAUCACUGUAUCGUCCAUUUUAUCCAGCGCCAUCUGAACCUGUACCAUGUGUUGCUCCACAACCCUGGUCGACUAUGAACAGUCAAUCAAAGUCUUCAGUAAGGAUUCCUACUGAUGACGAUUGGGAUGUUUCGCCACAACCAUGGUUGAGUAUGAAAAAUCAUUUAAGACCCUCAGUAGGACUCCCUACUCAUGAUGAUCCCUAUGAUCUUGCACGUUUUGCUUUACAACCAUGGUUGACUCAUCCUAUCGAACACAGGGAACUAAGUUCCCAACAUAGAUUGUAUAGAGCUUCAGCAACCAUAGAUCCUGUUGAUGUGGGGCAUCAGUAUAUGCAGGCUCCUCGUGAACGCCAUUAUUCCCCAGGAAGUCGUGGACACUAUUUAGCUGAUGAUUAUGCCAAUAUGCCAGGAUCAUUUCUCAGGUAUGAGAGGCCACCAACAAUUACAGAGGAUGAACAUCUCCGAUAUCCGUUGCGGAGGGAAAUAUUUGGUGGAUAUUACAAUCCCUACACAAUGUACACUGCAUCUAGUCAUUCGAUAAGUGUGGAACAAUCACAUUCCUCACCGUCAAGGAGGGCAGCUUCAUUUGAUAGGAAUACAAUUACAGAGGAUGAACAUCUCCAAUAUCCGUUGCGGAGGGAAAAUUUUGGUGGAUAUUACAAUUCCUACACAAUGUACACUGCAUCUAGUCAUUCGGUAGGUAUGGAACAAUCACAUUCCUCACCGUCAAGAAGGGCAGCUUCAUUUGAUAGGAAUAUGCCUGUUUCUUCCUACUACACAUUUGAAGGUGCUGCAAGGAUAAAUCGCUGAACCCUACAAGCCAAAUGCUGGCUAAAGGUUUACCUUCUUCCUGAAAAUAGUUUUCGAUAUGCAGGUUUAAGUUGACUCAUAUGAAUGUACAAUUGCAUUCCUGAACCCAAGUUUUACAUUUUGGUUCUAGACUUGAACUUGCAUAGCUGUUAUCAGAAACCUUGUAUAAUGUGUUGGUCCUCUUGGCUGUGUAUGUCUAGUCUCUUCCAAUUUUUCAUUUAAAAAUUUGAAGCAAUGUGCUGGACGGACAUAUAUCAGAAAAUUUUGUGGAAAAGUAGAAACAGUUUGUAAGUUUAACAAUUUUGUUGAUCACCAACCAUUUUAUCACUUGUAUAUUAAUAUUAGUGCAGAGAGCUCCAUUUUCUUUU